GGAACUCGGGAGUAUGGGUGGCUGUGGGGGCAUUGGUGUGCUGACCAAUUUUUGUUGCUGACUCCAGUAUUCUCUCGCAUGUUGGUGUGACAACAAGAAAUGGCUAAGAAUCCAGUGAAAUACUCUGUGGUUGACGCGUUCACCGAUUCAGCUUUCAAGGGAAACCCCGCAGCAGUGUGUUUCUUAGGAGAAGAGAGGAACGAGGAGUGGUUGCAGGCGGUUGCCACCGAAUUCAAUGUCCCUGUCACCUGUUACUUGACUCGCAUUAUGGGAACUUCUAACAAUCCACGUUUUCACUUCAGAUAUUUUACUCAUCUUCACGAGGUUAAAAUUUGUGGCCAUGCCACGUUAGCUGCUGCACACAAACUAUUUUCGUCUGGUUUGGUGGAUACCGAUGUUAUCGAGUUUUAUACUCUAUCUGGAGUAGUGACUGCCAAAAAGAUCACAGCCGUUGAUAACUGUAAUGGUGUCUCAAACUUGCAAAAUGGUGGAGUUGGUGAUGGAUUUUAUAUCGAAAUAGAUCUUCCUGCUCACCCUAUUAUAGAAUGCAACUUGGAUGAGACUUCACAAAUUUCAGGGGCAUUGAAUGGUGCUUCCAUCAUUGAUAUAAAGAGGACAGAAAUUGGUGAUGACAUACUAGUUGUGGUUACAUCUGGAGAUAAUGUGAGAGAAGUGGAGCCCCAAUUUGAUGCAAUAAGUAGAUGUCCUGGAAGAGGGGUGAUUAUUUCGGGAGUUGCUCCUCCAGGGUCAGGAUUUGACUUCUAUAGUCGGUUCUUCUGCCCAAAAGAUGGAGUCAAUGAGGAUGAGGUGUGUGGGAGUGCACAUUGUGCAUUGGCAUCGUACUGGAGCAAGAAGUUGGGGAAAUGUGAUUUCAAUGCUUAUCAGGUAUCAGGCAGAGGGGGAAUUCUCAAAAUUCAUUUUGAUGAGAAAAGCCAAAGAGUGCUUUUGCGUGGGAAGGCCGUAACGGUGAUGGAAGGCUGUGUUAUGGUCUAGUUCUUUCCCUACCACUACGUCUCUUCUCUUCAUUAUUACUUGGUUGGAAUAACUUUUUUCUUUUUUCUUUUAACUUUCUGUAUUAGUUUACGAUACAUUAAUUCCUUACGGGUUAAGCUGCGUGGACACCUUCAUUUCGUACUACAUGUUUUAUUUAAUA